UUCAUAGUUCCCAACUUAACCCAUCAAUCUUGCACAGAGAGAGAGAAAGAGAGAUGGAAAGUUCAUUUCUUUCCCAUGUACUAACAACUCUUUUCAUUCUCCUUCAAUUCACUGCCUACAUGCCCUCUUGCUUAGCCAAUAAGCCAAUACCCACAAAUGCAAACACAGACUUCAUCAAAAAAUCAUGUACCAUCACAUUGUACCCUCAAUUAUGCUACGACUCCCUCUCAAUCUUUGCGGACAAAAUCAAAACUAGCCGCAAAAACUUAGCCACCUUUGCCAUCUCUGUUACCCUCUCAGCCGCCCAAUCAGCCUCAGAUUUCGUGACAAAGCUGUCAAAGAGUCCGGGCCUGAGCCCCGUGGAGGCUUCAGCCCUAGCUGACUGUGUCGAACUAUCGGGCAACUCAGCGGAUGAGCUCAGCCGUUCCUUGAAAGAGAUAGCUAAUACUAAUUUUGGAGACCCCAACUUUGGUAGAGAAGUAAAUGAUAUUCAGACUUUUGUUAGUGCUGCAUUGACAGAUUUUGGUACUUGCUUUGAUGGCAUUUCUAAGAAAGCAAGUGGGCAAGUCAAGACUAAAGUCGGGACGCAAGUUUUGAACGUUGAGCAUUUGACUAGUAAUGCCUUGGCUUUUAUCAGCAGCUAUGGUACAGGUCCCCAGACAACCUCACCAUAAAUGUGUGACUCAGAUUCAUAAUUUUAUAUGCGUGUAACAUUUGUUCCUAAAUAAAGAGGAGAAACUAGUAGAAUCUUAUUCUAUUCCACAUUUAUAGCUCAAUGGUAUUUUAGUAUUUGAGAAGGAAUAUAUAUAGAGAAACGAAAAAUUAAGGGAAAAGUGGCACC